AUGCUGAAGAAGGAUCUACAUCUAAUAUAAAGUUUCUGCAUACAAAUUUUAUUGGCUAAGUCAUACAAAUUGUUCAAACUAAGAAAGUAUAAAAGAAAAUCAAUGAACUAACUAAGGAUCUUAUUUAUAAGUAUUUACAAAUUAAAUUAUUAUAGCUUGUGGUUGA